AUGUCGAUGGUGAUGUGGAGAUCAAUGGCACUUCGGGGUGGCGGCAGUGGCAAGGGGAAGGACAGGGGGAAGGGAAAAGGAAGAGGAAGGACGAUGAAGGACUUUGGACAGGUUGAACCACCUUUCGGGUCUCAAGAAUCUCAAGAGUCUCAAGCGUCUCAAGAAUCUUCAAGCGAUAAGGAACUCGAUUAUAUGCACGACUACGAACAGGACAGCAGAAGCGACGUCGAUAUCGACGUUGGUGGUUCUGCUGUUUCUGGUGAUGAUGAAGGUGUACUCGACGUCAUGGCUAGGUUUCGGGGCGACCAUAAACAGGAGUGCAAAUUCAUUGUUGUCACCGGUGGGGUUUUGAGCGGCAUCGGCAAGGGGGUGACGGCCUCGAGCAUUGGAGUGCUGUGCAAGAUGAUGGGGCUGAGACCCACGGCCAUCAAGAUUGACCCGUACCUGAAUGUCGAUGCUGGCACCAUGUCUCCGUUUGAGCAUGGCGAGGUUUUCGUGCUGGAUGACGGCGGAGAGACGGAUCUGGAUCUGGGAAACUAUGAGCGUUUUAUGGGCGUCAACCUCAGGAAUGAGUCCAACCUCACGACAGGAAAGAUCUACCAGUACGUUAUCGAGAAGGAACGGAGAGGAGACUACCUUGGGAAGACCGUGCAGGUGGUGCCGCAUAUCACGGACGCACUUCAGGACUGGAUCGUCGGCGUGAGCAAGAAGCCUGUUGAUAACUCAGACCAGGAGCCCGACGUGUGCAUCAUCGAGCUGGGUGGAACUUUGGGGGACAUCGAGAGCAUGCCUUUCGUGGAGGCUUUGAGGCAGCUCCAAGACAGGGUUGGGUACAAGAACUGCUGCUUCGUGCAUGUUAGCCUGGUACCUUCGCUCGGCUCGCCGGGAGAGCAGAAGACCAAGCCCACGCAGCAUUCCAUCAAGCAGAUGCGGGCUCUCGGCCUAGCCCCGGACUUCCUGAUGUGUAGGGGGGGCAAGCCUGUCGUAGAGGGGGCAAGGGACAAGUUGUCCAUGUUUUGCCAGGUCCCGCCCGAGAGAGUGGUGUCGGUGCAUGACGUGUCCAACAUUUAUCACGUGCCUCUGCUGCUGCUGGAGCAGAAUUUUCCAGCCCUUCUCGCACAGCGUCUUCGGAUGGGACCAAGGCACUCUCCCGAGGCUUGUGAGGCAUCGGCAGUCCGGUUGGAUCGUGCGAGUCUUAAGCGAUGGGAGGAUCUCGCGAGGAGGCACGACGAUGUGUCGGACGAAGCGGUGAUCGGGCUGGUGGGUAAGUACACGGAGCUACACGACACGUACCUCUCCGUUGUGAAGGCCUUGUUGCAUGCGUCUCUGCACUGCAAGCGGAAACUGACGGUGAAGUGGAUCGACAGCUCGGCCCUGGACACGGCUAAGCAGCACAAGGACCCGUCGAAGCACGCCAAAGCAUGGGCAGAGCUAAAAUCAUGCCACGGAGUUCUCGUGCCGGGCGGGUUCGGAUCGCGAGGCUUGGAAGGGAAAAUACAAGCCAUCAAAUACGCAAGGAAGUGCCGGGUGCCUUUCCUGGGCAUCUGCUUGGGGAUGCAGGCCGCUGUGAUAGAAUUCGCGAGGGCUAAGCUGGGCCGCGAGAACGCCAACAGCGCCGAGUUCGCGCAAGGCCUCGCACCUCAAGACGAGGUGGUUGUGUUUAUGCCUGAGGGGGACCGGACUCGCAUGGGGGGCACCAUGCGGCUUGGUAGUAGGGUGACCGUGCUGAGACCAGGCAGUCGAGCAUUCGAGCUGUACGGCGGAAAGGGAACGGAGGAGCUUGAGGUGCACGAGCGGCACCGACAUCGCUACGAGGUAAAUCCUUCCGUCGUGGCAUCUCUGGAGAAGUCGGGGAUGAAGCUGGUGGGUAGGAACAACGACGGCACGGGAGAACGUAUGGAGGUGCUAGAGCUGGAGAAAGAUGCUCACCCCUACUUCAUGGGAGCACAGUACCACCCAGAAUUCAAGAGUCGACCACAGCACCCCUCUCCGCUCUUCAUUGGCCUCCUGCGAGCGGCGGGCCGAUACGCCGAUGAUGCAGAUCAAUCGAGUUGAUUCGAUAAGCAGGCGAUAGGCUUUUUUUUUUUGUACGAGGAGGUUUGCGAUGAAUAUGUUGCUGGAAGUUCUUCGGUAGUGCUGAAGCUGAGGCUGAGUGACGUGUUGUACAGCGACGAGUGGGCUUCUUCUAAAAAAUUCGAAGUAUUUUGGCCGCAUUUUUUUUUUUUUCAAAGAACAACGCCGAAGGGGCGUGAUGUUUCGUGCACAUGUCCUGCUGCACUGCGUAUGCACCUCGACACUACGGAUUAGACUCGCCUCACGUUGGUUGGUGUGGAGAGAUGCGUCGGUCGUGACGCAUUUUGCAGGCAGAGGCGAUAUCGGCGACAGGUUUACGGUGUUUGAGAGCGUCGACAGCAACAUGAUUCAACACUUGAUAUGC